AUGAUUGAUUGCAGCAACAUCCCCGUUGAUGUCAUGGAGGGCACCUUUGAAACACCGCAGACUCUCAAGUUGAACAACGAUGAUGGAAGAAGCUUCGAACUUUCUCCCACUGAAGCAAUGUGCAAUCAUCCAGCUGUCACGGCUCCUGAUCCCACUCCAGCUCCUACCGAAAUAUACUACCCGACUUACUGUGGUGAUGCCUGGAGUUUUGGUGACAUUGUGGAGGGCGAAUGCUACUCACUUGAUACAGGUUUCUGUGUCACAGAGUAUGACAACUGCAUUGAAAUCUCCCAAGGCUGGUCAUUCUAUAACCAGCUGUAUGAUGACGAAUACAUGCCGAUUGGCCCCUACACAGUAUAUGGCUACAUAAGUGCUUAUGCGGACACUUGCAAUGAUAUCUGUAUCAUUGAUGUGGAAGGAUAUGAAUGUGACUGCAGUUUGAAUGGAACUUCCUUGACCAUGGAGGCAUGCAACAGCACACUUGAUGGCUACAUUGAGACUCCCCAGACCGUAGAUUUGCCAGGAGGUAACUUCAGGCUCAUCUCCACUGAUGAAAUGUGCAAUCACCCAGCAGUGAUAGCCGAGACUGAUGGCAGCAACCGACAGGGAAGUGGCAUUGGAAAGCAGAGAAAUGGUGCUCUAGUACUCAAAUUCCCAGCGUCGUUGACUUUUCAAUUUGAAUAUGGGACUGGCAGUGCUCUGGAUUUCAAGGCCAAGACCCUGCUUUUCAGUGGUGUCAUGAAGUUUAUGGGUGAUUCACUGAGAGAACAUGACAGGUUCAAGGAUACCCUAUUUGAUGCCACCAUGGAACAGAUUGAUAUAGACUACGAUAUCUCUGUUUCACCGGAUGAAUGGAUUGUCUCCUUUGAAACCAUCAUUUCAUUGGAACCUGGAACCAAAGCACACCAAAGAGAUUGCAUUAUGGCUUUGGCAGACGCAGACUGGGAUGGUUACCUAUCCAAGUAUGUACACCAGAUUGAUGAGCAUUCCGUGUCAAGAUUGAGGAGCAACAAGUCUGAUUUAGACAAGAUCCGGAAAGUCAAAUUUCGAGCUAUUGGAACAGGCAACAGCUAG